UCUCUCUCUCCCACUUUUCAGGAAUCAUCUCUUAGAUUCUUCAAUGGCCUUGAGAGCUGGACCGGUUUUCUGUGAACUUAAACCACAAACUCAGAAGCCUGAACCGGCCGGUUUUAUGCCGGUUCAGAAGUUGAGAGUGUCAGAACCGGGGCAGGAGAAUGGGAAAAUCAUGUUGCAGCCUAGAUUGACUACUUUAAGAUCAUUCGGGUCGGAUCCUGUCGGAGUGAUCAAGACGAAGAACGGAGGUUUUAAUGGCGAAGAUAAUGACGUUUCACCUUUUUUCGAGACGCUAUCAGAGUAUAUUGAAAGCUCUAAGAAGAGUCAUGAUUUUGAAAUUAUAUCUGGUCGACUUGCCAUGAUUGUGUUUGCAGCAACAGUGUCUAUGGAAGUUGUGACUGGAAAUUCAGUAUUCAGAAAGACUGAUUUUCAAGGAAUAGCUGAAGCUGCUGGGGUUUGUAUUGGUGCCGUGGCUUGUGCUGCUCUUUUUGCUUGGUCUUCCAGUUCUCGCACCCGUGUUGGCCGAAUUUUCACCCUUGGUUGCAACACCUUCAUCGAUUCCUUCAUCGAUCAAAUCGUCGAUGGCUUGUUUUAUGAAAACGACAACAUCGACGAUUGGACUGAUGAUAUCUAGACCUCAAAUAUUGGAAAAAAAGGAAGUGAUAUACUUAAGUAGUUGAUUUUAUUAUCUAAUGUUUCAAGUACAAUGUGUUUCAUUAGGACCUUGGUUAGUUAAUAUAUAUUUUGUAAAUAGAUAUCAUAUAGUUAAAAGAUAUUAUUAUUAUUAUAAAGAAAGUUUUAGUACAAUAAUAUAUAAACCAUCAAAAGA